GGUCCCAUUUCCGCUCCAACAAGAUGAAAGAAACUAUCGUGAACCAGGAGAAACUCGCCAAACUGCAAGCACAAGUGCGCGUUUGUGGGAAAGGAACUGCUCGCCAAAAGAUGAAGGUGGUUCAUAGUACAGCUACAGCAGAUGAUAAAAAACUUCAGUUCUCCUUAAAGAAGUUAGGGGUAAACAAUAUCUCUGGUAUUGAAGAAGUGGCUAUGUUCACAAACCAAGGAACAGUGAUCCACUUUAACAACCCCAAAGUUCAGGCAUCGCUGGCAGCGAACACUUUCACCAUUACAGGCCAUGCUGAGACAAAGCAGCUGACAGAAAUGCUACCCAGUAUCUUAAACCAACUUGGUGCAGACAGUCUGACUAGUUUAAGAAGACUGGCUGAAGCUCUGCCCAAACAAUCUGUGGAUGGAAAAGCACCACUUGCUACCGGAGAGGAUGAUGAUGAUGAAGUUCCAGAUCUUGUUGAGAAUUUUGAUGAAGCUUCCAAGAAUGAAGCAAACUGAAUUGAGUCAAUUUCUGAAGAAGAUAAAACUUAAAGAAGUUACUGGGAGCUGCUAUUUUAUAUUAUGACUGCUUUUUAAAAUUUUGUUCAUGGAUCUGAUAAAAUCUAGAUCUCUAAUAUUUUUAAGCCCAAGCCCCUUGGACACUGCAGCUCUUUUCAGUUUUUGCUUAUACACAAUUCAUUCUUUGCAGCUUAUUAAGCUGAAGAAGCCUGGGAAUAAAGUUUGAAAUAAGAUUAAUAAAGUUCUUUGCCUAGGGAAAAAAAAAA